UAUAAGAGUGGGUGGCGGAGAGGAAGGUUGAGGCGUCAACAAUGACGCGGUACUAUGGGAGCUGGCUCAGCUGGGCUUGAUGGAGCAACAUGAGGCUAGGCUGGGAGGUUUUGUGUGUGGCGAGGGAGACAGAGGCGAGGCUGUGAGUCCUGGUGGGCAGUAGUGGGCAUGUGCUGGCGAGGGUGGUGGACCAGGGCGCGUACCUUUGCCGCCAACACUGCUCGUUUGGCGCCAAAUGCCCAGUGGCGCCAAUACCCACCCUCUAGGCGAGUACCUUGAGCUGUUUAUUGUUGUUGUAGAUUCUUCUGCUGUACUUGACCCAUUCUUGCCAAGGAUAGUUGGCAGGCUAGUGUCAGGGAUGUGUUCCAAAGUUUUGACAGAGUCUCCCGUCAAGCUUAUAACACGGGAAGACUCCACAAUGGAGUACUUCCGAGGUUCUAACCUUCAUGAACCUAGCAUGAAAAAUAUGCUUUCUACUUCUUCUUGCUUGUUACCUGCAAAGAGGAAGGUGGAUACUGUUACAACACCAGUACCAUCGAAGUCAGGGAUGUCACUUCUUCCAGCAUCCUUGCUUUUACAAAGAAGUUUUGGCUAUAUUGCAUCCAAGGAAGUUUCUGAGAAGAAGGUGCGAUCACGUCCUUUCACAGUUUCAAUUGAGGGCAAUAUUGGCAGUGGUAAAUCUACCUUUCUAAAGUACUUCUCAUCCAUGCCUGGAGUGGCUACACAUCAAGAACCUAUUGAUUUAUGGACAAACCUUAAAGGCCACAAUCUGUUAGGGAAGCUGUAUGAGGACCCUCAGCGCUGGAGCUUCCUCUUUCAGUCAUAUGUUCAGCUGACCCGCCUUAACAUUCACCUCCAGGACAGCAACAGUCCUGUCAAAUUAAUUGAACGAUCUCUUCAGAAUAAUAGAUAUUGUUUUGUGGAGAGUGGCCAUGACUGUGGUCAUCUUAAAGCAGCUGAAUACAGUGUCUUGUGUGAAUACUAUGACCUCUUGGAAUCUAAGCUGGAUAUUGGAAUUGAUCUUAUUGUGUACUUGAGAUCUACACCUGAAGUAGUACACGGUAGGAUGCUGAAGAGAGGUCGAUCUGAGGAGGCUGGUGUCCCCUUGGAAUACUUGAAGGUGGUUCACACUUAUUAUGAGAAAUGGCUACUGAAUAACGAGCCUCGGGCGCCUCCGGCCCCUGUGCUCGUUAUCAAUGCUGACCAAGAACUUGAGGAUGUUAAGAAAGAAUAUGACUUGAGAAAACCUGUAAUCAUGGGUGAAAAACCACUGUAGCACAUACAGGAAAGUCUUCAUUAAUUUAAACUCUUCAAUAUUGUUUGUUUGAAGUUAUAAUGUUGAGAAUGACAAUCUUAUCUAACUUCCAGAUAUAGCAAUAAAUUUUACUGAUGUUACUUCAUGGGUUAUUAUUGCAUUAUUUGAAUUAAACUUUAUUUAGGAAGCUUUAUUGCUUCAAGACAGGUUUUAAAAAGUAUUUUAUUGAUUUCAUAACCUACUCAUUAGCUAGUUUUAUUACUGUUUAUUAAUUAAGAACUUUAAUUUCUCAAUACCCAGAUACAUAUCCUCUUGUGACAAUGUUUUAUAUAAAUUGAUAAGUGUUC